AUGGCGGCCCGAUCAAGGUUGCUCUUCUUCUUCUCCCUCCCCUGCUCCUUCUUCACACCUUGCUGCUGCUUCUUCUUGCCACCGUCGCCCGAAUCUUUAGCAGGCGAUGACGAUGAGGAGGACGUUGACGACAAGCAGGAGGUGUUCUUUGGGAGCACCUUGACAUCGGAAGGCCCACGACAGAAUCCCAUGGCUGCCCUGCUAAAGCUACUGCUGCACUAUCUUUUCCCCUUCUUCCUUUCUUCCCUCUGCUCUCUCAGCUCACUCUGA